AUGACGAUUCACCAUGGGAACAGCACAAAAAAGGCAACAUGGCGGCAGAAAGUGCUUGAGAACGAUGCACACAUUCCUAACCACUGUUCCUACAGUGACUUUACUAAUGUGCUCUACAUCCCUGGUGUUAUAAUUCUUCAGCUGAAUGCAGAGCCAGAGUGUUUGGCAUACUGUGAAGAGAGUGGAGAUCUGCUGUUAGGGAUAACUGGAGAUCUCUAUAGGAUCUCCUACACGCAGCUACAUUCUCAGAGAAAUGACAAAUGGGAUUCAGACUCUGACCUGCCCACAUCUUGCAUCCCAACCAAGAGCUAUAAAUGCAGGAAAGACAAUUGUGUUGCUAAAAAGGACAGUCCUGAAAGGCUAAAAGACACAUUUAUGCUGGACUUUGGAGCACUGACCGCAAGACAUAAAGAUCUGGAAUCCUUGCGAAAAGGAGAGGUUGAAUGCAGGAGGAGAAAACCAGCCACUGUACAGACCAAACAAGAGGCGUUCAAUAACUACAUGCGUCUAAUGUACAUGAAACGCCCUGAUAUAAAAAUUCCUGAAGAAGAUAUGUUUGAUGUGAAUGCUGAACUUUUUCCACCUAAACUUCCUGAGCUCUGUCCCCUGACUCCUCCAUCAUUCUCAGAGGGCUUCUUCCCCAAUCACAGAAUGGCCAAGAGACUGCAUUCCUCUAAUAAAAAGACCACACAGGCUCCACUCGGUUUCAUCCCUAACUCUGUGCUGGUAGAACAACUAUGGCCUGACAUGAAGAGGGAGAAAGUCAUUCCACACACAAACAGGUGGAGACUUCGUCUUGACACGGGAUGUGAUGGAGAAGAGAGAAAACCAGAUGAAGUGCAAGUCUUGUAUAAUGAAGAGGAGGAGAAGGAGGAGGAAGAGCCUGACAUGCCUUCUCUUACACCCAUCACUGAAACUCCACCUGAGAAGGAGAACCUUCAUCGACCCCCACCAGUGGUAAAGAAAAUCUUAUACCCUGUUAAGCCACCAAAACCCCUUCCUCCAAUAAAGCAUCCUACACCCCCUCCUGCCACACCCACACCCACUCCUGUUUCACCUUCACCCACCCCUAUGCCAUCGUCACCUGCCCCCCCCUCUCUACCCAAACAGCCCACUCCACCCGCCUCCUCACAUCUACCCGAGUUCCUCCUGCAGUUUGUGGAUGAGCAGUGGUUUCAGAGGAUGUUUCCUGAUCCGAGUUGCAUUUCAAGUUCACUAAACCCCAAGGCUUUCUGCUUGCAUGUGCUGGACUUCAUGAUCCGUUCCAGCACAGCUCAGAAGCAAAAGGAUUGCUGA